AUGUCGGUUAUCAGUCCAAUUAGCCUGAAAGGACCUGCUGAAUUAGCCCAUGGUUGGAUGUUUAUCGGGUUCUCUUUGAACGUCCUUCUGCUAGGGAUCAUGGUUACCCAGGUAUACCUAUACUAUACGCAAUACAAGAGGGACCGACUAUGGGUCAAGAUAUACGUUGCUGCGCUCUUCGUCCUGGACAUAUUCAACACGAUAUUCAUAUUCCUAUACCUUUACCGUGCGCUGAUAACUUUCUUCGGCGAUGUCGAAUACCUCCAAACGGCAGACUGGCUCUUCGUCACAGAUCCCGCCACAACAGGAAUGAUUGCCUGCAUGGUCCACCUCUUCUUCGCCUGGCGCGUUUUCGUGUUGACCAAGACGUGGAUAUACGCCAGUUUUAUCACAGCUGUCGCAAUUGCUGGAGGAAUUGCAUCCAUCAUGACCGCCGUUGAGGUCUCACGGACGCCGAAAUUCGUGGAUUUUCGUAACUUUAAGAUGACGGUUAUUAUCUGGCUCGCGGCAGAUGCAGUUGGCGAUGUGGUGAUAACGAGCGUUCUCGUUUGGCACCUGCCGUUCAAUUCUGCUCACGAUGGAACUUCCAAGCGUAAACAUAAGACAGGUUUCCAGCAUUCGGACAUGAUGGUUGAUCGAAUCAUCAGAGUUACCAUUCAAACAGGCCUUGUGACCAUGAUAGUCGCCUCUCUGGACCUGCUCUUUUUCCUCAUCGACCCAACAGGGACGCACCUCCUUCUGAACUUCCCGCUCUCGAAACUAUACUCAAACUCCCUAAUGAGUAGCUUGAAUUCACGUCGAGGAUGGAACUUCACGGGCGCCAGCACUCGAUCUGGCGGGACCCAAUCUGACAUACACGUUAACACGACGAGUGGGCUGCAGCGACAUCUCCAUAUAUCAAGUGGGAAAAAACCUAACGACAUGAUUGAUAUGGACGGCGGAGUCUUCGUACACGUUGAAUCGCAUGAGCUGCGCGACAUCCCAACUGGUGACAAAGAGACCUUCGAUGAGAAACCGAGAACCCUGGGAUCCGAGUUCUCUGUGGAACGGCCAGUGGAUACAGAGAAGUGGGCGGGGGACAGAAGUCAAUGGGCUCGGUGA